AAAACAGUUGUAAUUUAUAAUGAAUUACAUGAACAAAAAGUAAAAAGGAAAGGAGUGGAAGAUGGUAGAACUUAAUUCUCACACAAGCGUCCAUUGAUGGAAGAAACAAGAAACUUCAAGAAAUCAACUUUUCAUUUUUCCUUAUAAAAACAAUCCAUUUCUCUCGUUCCUUCAAUUUUGCAACAGAAAAUAAUUAAAAAGCCCAAAAUAAAUACACCCAAAAUCUGAUCGACAGUCUCAAAUUAGUUCUCUCUAAUCUCUCCAUCUUCAUUGCAAAAAUGUCUUUGAUUCUCAACGAAAUCUUCGAUCCAUUUCUUUCUAUGAUUAACCAAUGUCCUGUUUUGAAUACCCCCACUGACUGGAAAGAGACUCCGGCUGCUCACGUCUUCAUCGCAGAUUUGCCCGGGUUGAAGAAAGAUCAGGUCAAGGUAGAGGUGAUGGAGGACGGUGAUGGACGGUUGCUGCAGAUAAGCGGAGAUAGAGGAGACGACGCUACUGCCGCUAAUGACAAGAACGAUGAGAGUAGUGGUCAUAAAUGGCGUCGUGUGGAGCGUUGUCGGGGGAAAUUCUGCAGGAGGUUCCGGCUGCCGGGGAAUGUGAAGGCGGAUGAAGUGAGCGCGGCGAUGGAGAACGGAGUUUUGAGAGUGACGGUGCCAAAAGAGGAAGUGAAGAAGCCGGAGAAGAAGGUGAUUGAGAUUGAAGGACUUUAGGAGCUCUUGGUCAAAGUUAGACUUCUUUUGGCUAAGAAUGUGUAUUAUGCAUGAUGGUGUGUGCGCAAUAUUUGAUCAAUAUGUUUGUAUUUCCUAUGUGUGAAAUUAAGAAGUAAAUAAAUGGAGUCGCUUCGCUUGUGAUA